GAGGGCAUGCAAAGAAAGUUCAUUUGGGUUGCGUAUGGAUGAUAUUUUUCACUGCUUGGUUAACUUUAGUUCGGAUGCUGUAUAUGUUCUUUAAGGUUUAACCUAUUUCCCUAUUUCCCUGAUGGGUUUGUAGCCUACUGCUGCGGCGUGCGUAAUGCGUCAAGACAAUAAUAAACCAGGAACAUGAGGCAGAAAUUGGGCUGUUGACUGCACUUUUACGUUGAUGGGAGUCGACAGCGCUUCCCAGUGGCCAGUUUUCUGACUAGGAUCGGACAGCACUGUGAACUGUGCCUUCACUGCCUCUGACAACAGUUAUUGUGCUCUACUGAAGUUGUUCACCAUUGCAGUCAUGGGAUGCAUUCAGAGGACAAGGAGCGUUUUGAAAUCUUUGCUUUUCUUUCCACUUCUUCUCUGCAUUGCGUACUUCAAGGUUCCAUUUGUGCAAUUUUUUGUAGGUCUCCUACCAAUGGACAGGUGUUCCUUGGAAAGUGCAAAUUUGUUGAACCUGGACAACAGUGCUGAUGCAACACUUGAUAUUGGGUGUAGACGUGAUGUGCAAACAUGUACACAUUGGAAAGCUCCUAUCAUCUGGGAGGGGAUGUUUGAUCCUGAGCGCUACGACCAAGUGCACAAAAAAGAAGGAUCCUCCAUCGCUCUGACUGUGUUUGCAGUUGGCAGAUAUGUGGACGCUUACCUGGAGACCUUCCUGAAGUCAUCAGAGCGUCACUUCAUGUUGGGUUUACCUGUGUCAUACUAUGUGUUUACGGACACACCUGAGAAGGUGCCAAACAUCAAAAUUGGCCCUCAACGAAGCCUGAAAGUAAUCAAAGUGAAAAAGCACAGCAGGUGGCAGGACAUCUCUAUGAUGCGAAUGAAGUCUAUAUCAGAUGUCAUAGAGUCAGAUAUUCGCCACCACUCCACGCAUGUUUUCUGUUUUGAUGUCGAUCAGGAGUUUACUGGAAGAUUUGGCUCCGAGGUUCUGGGAGAGUCCGUCGCUCUGCUUCAUGCCUAUUUCUACCACCUUCCAAAGAACUGGUAUGGCUACGAUCACAACCCAAAAUCCAAGGCAUUCAUGGAAUCUGGGGACUUUUACUAUCAUGCUGCCAUCUUUGGAGGAACCUGGAAAAGUGUAAAGGCCUUGACUGAGUUUUGCUACAAAAACAUCAUGGAAGAUAAACAAAAUAAUGUGGAAGCUAUAUGGCAUGACGAGAGCCACCUAAACAAAUAUCUUUGGCUUCACAAACCAACAAGGAUUCUUUCUCCUGAAUACUGCUGGGACACAAACAUUGGCUACAGAAUGGACAUUAGUGUCUACAGACUGCUAUGGGCACCCAAACACUAUGAUAGACUACGAAAACCGUAGUAUAUUUUGGAAUAAUGUGGAAAAAUGUCUCCCAUUGUCUGUGAUCAAUAGUAUGUGACAGCAGACCAACCCUGUUAACUGAUCUUUUUUUCCACUCAGAAUUAAUGUGCAGCAACAACCAUAAACAUUCUUCUAACUUAGUUAUAUGGUCGACCACACUUUGCAAAUAACUUCACUUCUUUAAACAAAUGCUGAAACAAUGUGUUACACAGCUACAGUUAUCUAGAAAAGUCCAACAGGUUUAAAUCAUUUCCUUAUAACCUGAAAACAUCAACAUUGACAAAGUUUAUGUACAUUUCUUUAAAUGUUCAAGUACUUGUAUAAAUCCAUGAAAGUUACAUUUUUGUAUGUUAACUUGCCAGAAUUUAACAAUGCAGUUUGUAACACUUGUCAUGAGUUAUUUACUACUUAAAUGAAUGAAUACUGUCAAUUAAAGUCAUGUGUGAGCUUUUGAAAGGUAAAUAUAGGAGAAGGAGACGCAUGAAAAGAUUGGUUUCAAAAGUAAGAGUUACCAUAGACAUACAUAUUUCUGAUUCUGAUAUUACAUACAUUUUCUGAUUGGCCUAUUGUACUGCCAUGCUAUCUUCAACUUGUCCAUCAUUAAGUUAGAUCUUUUGAUUUACUGGUAGUGAUGAUGAUGAUGAAACAUUUUCAUCUUUAAAAAGAGUAUGUUGCACAUUUUCACGUGCAAAUAAAUGCAUUUUUUUUAAUGGAAAUUUUUAAAUUAUAAAUGGCAGUACCAGAUUAUCUGGUAAGAACCCUUAACACAUAUAUGUGGGGCAUUCUUUAAGCAAUAAUUAAAGUUUUGAGAUUUCUUUCUGCAUUAAUUGUUCUUCUGCAACAACAAUGGUAUUUGUAUCUUCUAUCUGAAAAAUAUGACAAGUGCAUGCAUAGAAAUCUUUGCAACAACAAAAAAGAUAUCAAAACUUAUUUUUGAAGAU